GUCAGUAGAUACGAGUACAUUAUUCUAUAGCCACGUAAUCGCCGUGGUUUGGAAACUAAGGAAGUAAUAAAGUAAGCAAUUUCUUCUAUCGACUAUCGUUGGACUUAUUUUUAAAAAAAACGUGCAAGUCCCAAUACACCAAAGGAUCAUCAUAUCCUGCAAAUCACAAUGGCCGCGAUUUGUUCAAUUCCGAAUUGCGAAAAGAAGUCUCCAGAAGUAAAAUUAUUCAAGAUCCCUACAUCUAAACAUUUAAGGAGGGCGUGGUUGCUGUCGAUAAAACAAUAUCAUCCUAAUUAUUGCAUGCUGGAAAACAAAUCUGAACGAUAUGUAUGCAGUGAACACUUCAAAGACCAAGACUUUAUACUUCCAAAAAAGGAAUUUUUAAAAAACUCCACAAUUCCAACGGUUUUUAUGGGCGAAAGUUACAUUUAUGUCGACAUUUAUGGUUUAUUUUCUCCAUCAACUACUAAUGCAUCCGAAGCAAACAUGACUGCAAUAGAUGAUAAUAAUAAUAGCAAUACAUCAUCGCAGCAAACAAGGAAAAGAAGUCGUCAUGACGAUUGA